CGGCCCCGGCGCAGGAGGAGGCGCCGAGCGCGGCCCGGACCGCCCGGGCACCGCCGGAGAAGGGACAGCGGCGGCUCCGCUCGGCUCCGCUCGCCGCCUCAGGUCUUGCAUGCUGUGGCAUGAAGAUUGUGUCUCACUCUGCGCUAUGUUCAUGUUUAGAAAUCAAGAUUGAUUAACCAACACGAAAAGCCCCAGCUGGUUAUGUGACUUGGAACCCUGUUUAUGAAGCGCUCAUUCGUUUUCACAAGACGACAGCACUGUCCCGAGGAAGAAAUGACCAUGUAGAUUCCACAGCUUGGGUGCAACAUAAUGGGAAAUGGUGAAUGGAGUGGAACUGGUCUGCAGCCUUGAAAGCAGCCAUUCUGCAGACCACUAGUCAGUCAGGGACACCUUGCACGCCAGAGGCAUCCUCCAAAUCCUCCACGUCGCUCGCCGGGCACACACUGGAUUCUUUUUAAUUUCUUAAAUCGGAAUUCAAGAUUCCUCUCCUUCAAUUUUUAAAACAGUUUUAAGAUUGUAAUCGACUACAACGAGUGGAGCAAUACAACCAGCCACAAUGGGUGACAUGACAAAUAGCGAUUUUUAUUCCAAGAACCAAAGAAACGAGGCCAACCAUGCGGGAGAGUUUGGGUGCACACUGCAAGAACUGCGCUCCCUCAUGGAACUCCGAGGGACAGAAGCAGUAGUAAAAAUUAAAGAGACAUAUGGGGAAACAGAGGGGCUCUGCAGACAUCUGAAGACGUCACCAACAGAAGGAUUAGCCGGCACUGCUGCGGACCUAGAAAAAAGAAAGCUUAUUUUUGGAAAAAAUUUUAUACCUCCAAAGAAGCCAAAAACAUUCAUACAGCUAGUUUGGGAAGCGUUGCAGGAUGUGACUCUUAUAAUCUUGGAAAUUGCAGCCAUCAUAUCUUUGGGGCUUUCGUUUUAUCAGCCACCUGGAGAAGGGAAUGAAGGGUGUGGUACUGCAACAGGAGGAGCUGAAGAUGAAGGUGAGGCUGAAGCUGGCUGGAUUGAAGGUGCUGCCAUCCUCCUCUCCGUUAUCUGUGUUGUCCUUGUCACUGCCUUCAAUGACUGGAGCAAGGAGAAGCAGUUCCGUGGGCUCCAAAGUCGCAUUGAGCAGGAACAGAAGUUUACUGUUGUCCGAGGGGGACAGGUUAUCCAAAUCCCAGUGGCAGAGAUAGUAGUUGGGGACAUUGCACAGGUGAAAUAUGGUGAUCUCCUACCUGCUGAUGGGAUAUUUAUUCAAGGAAAUGAUCUUAAAAUCGAUGAAAGCUCCUUGACUGGAGAGUCAGACCAGGUCCGCAAAUCUGUUGACAAAGACCCAAUGCUGCUGUCAGGUACCCAUGUCAUGGAAGGUUCUGGAAGAAUGCUGGUAACUGCUGUGGGGGUGAAUUCUCAAACUGGCAUCAUCUUCACUCUGCUGGGUGCUGGAGGGGAAGAGGAGGAAAAGAAAGACAAGAAAGAUUCUUCCCAUCCCUCCUCCCACCCUCCUUCAGCCACAGAUGGUGCAGCAGGUGCAAAUGCCACUGAUAAUGCAAAUGCCAGCUUAGUCAAUGGCAAAAUGCAGGAUGGGAAUAUGGAGAACAGCCAGAACAAAGCCAAGCAGCAGGACGGGGCUGCUGCCAUGGAGAUGCAGCCACUGAAGAGUGCAGAAGGAGGAGAGGGAGAUGACAAGGACAAGAAGAAAUCCAACAUGCACAAGAAAGAAAAAUCUGUCCUUCAGGGAAAGCUGACCAAGCUGGCAGUCCAGAUAGGCAAAGCAGGUUUGGUGAUGUCUGCUAUCACUGUCAUAAUUUUGGUACUAUAUUUUGCCAUUGACACGUUUGUGGUCAACAAGAAGCAGUGGUUGCCUGAGUGCACUCCUGUCUACGUCCAGUAUUUUGUUAAAUUCUUCAUUAUUGGUGUUACUGUGCUCGUGGUUGCUGUUCCUGAGGGACUCCCACUUGCUGUCACUAUUUCUCUGGCUUAUUCUGUAAAGAAAAUGAUGAGGGAUAACAAUCUGGUCAGGCACUUGGAUGCCUGUGAAACGAUGGGAAAUGCCACAGCCAUCUGCUCCGACAAAACCGGCACGCUGACGACCAACCGCAUGACGGUUGUCCAAGCCUACGUUGGUGAUGUCCACUACAAGGAGAUCCCUGACCCAGAUUCCAUACCUGCCAAAACCAUGGAAUUGCUGGUUAAUGCAAUUGCUAUCAACAGUGCUUAUACCACAAAAAUUCUGCCACCAGAAAAAGAGGGUGGGCUGCCUCGCCAGGUGGGCAAUAAGACCGAGUGUGGCCUCUUGGGAUUUGUCCUGGAUUUGAAGCAGGAUUAUGAGCCUGUCCGGAGCCUCAUCCCUGAGGAGAAGCUCUAUAAAGUUUACACCUUCAACUCCGUAAGGAAGUCGAUGAGCACGGUUAUUAAAAUGCCAGAUGGCAGCUUCCGAAUGUACAGCAAAGGGGCCUCUGAAAUUGUCCUCAAGAAAUGUUCCAGGAUCCUCAAUGCAGCUGGGGAACCUCGUGUCUUCAGACCACGGGACAGAGAUGAAAUGGUGAAGAAAGUCAUAGAACCCAUGGCCUGUGACGGGCUGAGAACCAUCUGUGUGGCUUUCCGAGACUUUUCCAGCAGCCCAGAGCCCGACUGGGACAACGAGAACGACAUCUUAUCUGACCUGACUUGCAUUUGUGUUGUUGGCAUUGAAGACCCAGUAAGGCCAGAGGUGCCAGAAGCCAUAAGGAAGUGCCAGCGAGCUGGAAUCACAGUCCGCAUGGUCACCGGGGACAACAUCAACACAGCCCGGGCCAUCGCCAUAAAGUGUGGCAUCAUCCACCCAGGAGAAGACUUUCUCUGCCUCGAAGGGAAAGAGUUCAACAGAAGGAUCCGAAAUGAGAAGGGAGAGAUUGAGCAGGAGCGGAUUGACAAAAUCUGGCCAAAGCUCCGGGUUCUUGCUCGCUCGUCCCCCACGGACAAACACACUUUGGUGAAAGGUAUCAUUGACAGCACACAGGUGGAGCAGAGGCAGGUGGUAGCUGUGACUGGGGAUGGAACCAACGAUGGACCAGCACUUAAAAAAGCUGAUGUUGGCUUUGCAAUGGGUAUUGCAGGGACAGAUGUUGCAAAGGAAGCCUCUGACAUCAUCCUGACAGAUGACAACUUCAGCAGCAUCGUGAAGGCUGUGAUGUGGGGCCGCAACGUCUACGACAGCAUCUCCAAGUUCCUGCAGUUCCAGCUCACCGUGAACAUCGUGGCCGUGAUCGUGGCCUUCACCGGGGCCUGCAUCACUCAGGACUCUCCUCUAAAAGCCGUGCAGAUGUUGUGGGUCAACCUAAUCAUGGACACCUUUGCCUCCCUUGCUCUGGCCACGGAACCCCCCACGGAGGCGCUGCUGCUGCGGAAGCCGUACGGCAGGAACAAGCCCCUCAUCUCCCGCACCAUGAUGAAGAACAUCCUGGGCCACGCUGUCUAUCAGCUCACCCUCAUCUUCACUCUGCUUUUUGUCGGUGAGAAAAUGUUUAAGAUUGACAGUGGGAGGAAUGCACCACUUCACUCCCCUCCUUCAGAGCAUUACACCAUCAUCUUCAACACCUUUGUCAUGAUGCAGCUUUUCAAUGAAAUCAAUGCACGGAAAAUCCACGGCGAAAGGAAUGUCUUUGAUGGCAUCUUCAGAAAUCCUAUUUUUUGCACUAUUGUACUGGGUACAUUUGCUAUCCAGAUAGUAAUUGUCCAGUUUGGAGGAAAACCAUUUAGCUGUUCUCCCCUGCAGCUUGACCAGUGGAUGUGGUGUGUAUUUAUUGGAUUAGGAGAACUUGUAUGGGGUCAGGUCAUUGCAACCAUCCCAACAAGUAGGCUAAAAUUUCUAAAGGAGGCAGGGAGGCUCACUGAGAAGGAGGAGGUCCCUGAGGAAGAACUCAAUGAGGAUGUUGAGGAGAUCGAUCACGCGGAGAGAGAACUUCGACGUGGACAAAUUCUCUGGUUCAGAGGCCUCAACAGAAUCCAAACCCAGAUCCGCGUCGUGAAGGCAUUCCGUAGCUCUCUCUAUGAAGGUUUAGAAAAACCAGAAUCUAGAACCUCUAUUCACAACUUUAUGACUCAUCCUGAAUUUAGGAUAGAAGAUUCCCAGCCCCACAUCCCACUCAUUGAUGACACAGACCUAGAAGAAGACCCUGCUCUCAAGAAAAACUCGAGUCCACCGUCUUCGCUGAACAAGAACAACAGUGCUAUCGACAGUGGAAUAAAUCUUACAACUGAUACAAGUAAAUCAGCUACCUCUUCUAGUCCAGGAAGCCCAAUACAUAGCCUGGAGACAUCACUUUAGCUGAAAAGGUCACUGCAAAAAAAAAAAAAAAUAAAAAAAAUAAAAAAAAAUAAAAUUAAAUAAAAUAAAACUCCCCCCACAGCAACCGAAAUAUAUAAAUAUAUAUAUUAAAAAACAUUGCUGGCUGAAAAGCUGUUUGAACUCUUAUUCACUCUGAGACAAGUGAAUGAAUUGUUGAUCACAAUGGUUUUGGGGAAAGAAUGAAUGGCUGAUUUACAUACCCCCCCUGUUCCCUUUCAGAAAAACAAAAAAACAAACAAAAAAAAUCCUCCUGCAUGAAUGUACUGUACACUGCUGGCCCUUCUUUCUCUCUUUUUGUUUGUUUUUAUUUCCUUUUUGGUUUUUUUUUUUUUUCCUCCUUAAGCAGGAACUGCAGAGGACUUCUUUCUGAGGCUAUUUAUCCAAUUCACUGGUCUGUGAGUUUUUUGAAAUGCUUGUGUGGCAUGGACUCAAUUGUAUAGAUUAAUUUAAAUAACUUUUUUGAAGUUGCAAAGCUUAACUUGCACAGUAGAUUUGCACCAGUUGGACAGAGGAACUUAAACAUUUAUGAGACUAUAUAUAGAGAUAUAUACAUAUAAGUAUAUAGAUAAUUAAUUAUAUAUAUGUAUAUAUCUAUCUAUAUAUAUAUAGUUAUAUAUAUAUAAAGUUUCUUUGUUGGCAUGUUGCCUUGUUUCUGCUCAAAUUGCUCUGACUAUUUUAACUUAUUUAUGUCCUAAAAAAGAAUGUAAUUUGUUUACAAACCUGUAGAUAAAUAUCCUUAACUAUUUGUAGGGUUAAGAAAGCACUUCCUGCCGAAGUAGUAUAAAAAUGGCUCAGCUCAGCUCAUUGAAAAUGUCUGUAAUAUCGCACCCUGGAUAUUUUAUUACAACCAUGUUCUGAUUUCUGCCUGAUUUUAUUUAUUUUUUUUUGUUAAAUAAUGUAGAUACUGCUAGUAAAUAACAAAAGAAGCCAAAAUAUAACACAUUGGAUGUAGCAUUGUGAUCCUAUAUACAGGGAGGUAAACCAGGCUUCCUUUGUUUCAAAUAAAAAUCAAAAUGAUCAGGUUCUCUCUUUUUUUUUUCCCCCUCCUUUUUUUUUUUUUUUGUUGGUCCCUCUGAUAAUCUGCUUGAAUUUGUUUUGGUGCAACAUACAAUAAUGGAGGCUAUUUCAUUCUUUAAACAUGCAGCAAUGGCUUCCAAAAAUAUCUUUAGAGAAAUAUUGAGUUUAUGAUUUAAAAUAAGUUAUAUUUGGUUUGUCUAUAUGGAGAUAAAACAAAUGUUAAAAUACUGUGAUAUACGGCAUUUAAUCCUUUUCAAUUAGUAAUUUAGGCAUUUAUUUCCUUAUUACUUGCAAAGUAUGGGCUGUUGGCAUUUUGGAUGAGAAUCACUGUAGGUUGUCGCUUUGAUUUUUUUUUAAAGAAAAAUAUAAUUUCUGCACUAUUAGGACUGAAUGAAUCUUUAUUAAUUGUGUAUUGAGAUGUGCUUUGUGUGAUUUUUUUUUUUUUUGACCAAGCUUGUCUUCCUGUAGUCACAAGGUAUACUGUAACACAGUAAUACAUUAUUUUACCUUGAGCUUUCUACAAAGAAAGCUGUUUUGCAAACCUGCAGUAUGGGAGGUGGAAAAUAUUUUUCAAGAUGGUAACAGCCCUGAAAAAGCUUAAAAUUUAUGAGCUUAUAUAAUUGCUAUGUCAACCACUUGAAUGCUAAGCACUUUGUGGAUCACAGAUUUUUCAUAAAUAAUUUUUGUAUUUAAUAUAAAGUUUGCUUGGAGACUUUUCAGCAUAUGAUCUUUUCCAUAACUGUACAGUGCAAAAGACAUUUUGAAUUACACAGUUGAUUCUGCCAGGUGUGUUGGAGAACACUCUCAAACUAGCUUGAUAAAUCGAUUUGUCGAGGUACUGUUACUGGUUUUGUCUUAAAGUUGGCUCGUAAAAAGGGGUUCAUCUCUGCAGUCACCAGAACUAAACCAAGCCAGAACUCUCCAAACCAAGAUUAGACUCAUGGCCAAACUGCAGACUGAACUGAGCAGAUGUUUUCAGGGUGCAUCAAGACUUAUCAGCCAGGUAAAGUUCUAAUCAGCUUGACUUGCCAGCUUCGGACUUUUGAGUAGAAGCUCUUGAAUGUUUUUGGCUCAAACGUAGUUCGCUCUCUGAUCCAAACUUCUCACUGACCAACAGAACAGGCCUUUGAAGGCACUUACAGCUCUCUGUUCAACAGAUAGUGUGACCCUUUUCUUACCAGUAUCAAGCUAGCAUGAAACCAUAAUUAUUUUAGCUGACUCCUAGCAACAAAGUGAUUAAAACUCAGUCAGGAUUGUUCGCUUUGUAAAUACGGUGAUUAACCUUUGUACAACAUGUAUUGGGUUUCUAUGGCCUACUUGGGAUAUCAUAUUCAGAAGAAAAAAAAGUGUUAUCUAUUUACAGGGAAGCCUCUAGCUUUGGACUUGAUCAUCUACAGAAGCUAUUAAUACUGGAACAGUUUAUUUUCAACAUCUUGACACUGACUCUUUGCCUUUUUAUUUUCAAACACUCUUCAUAUUUUUUCUUCUGUGUUUUUGUUUUUUUUUUUUUUUUUAAAUUUUCCUGUAGGAGUACCCCUCCCUAAGGUACCAUUUGCAGACUUGAAAACUGUUAAGAAAAUGAACACUGCAUUCUGUGUAUAUAUAGUAAAACAUAUAUAAACUGAGAUGCAUAGAAAACUUGGGCUUUUGUGAGCAGAGACUGUGCUUUAUGUAUAUGAUAAAUGAUAGACUUUUUUUUUUUUUUUAAAAGCAGAAUAGCUAUGACCUUUCAACUACAAGUCGUGCAUCACAAUUCCUUUCUUUUAUUGCUUGACCUCUCUGUGAUGGGAACAAUGGAUCAAAAACCAAAAUGAUCAGUUUGUUAAAAUUCCCUGCAAUAUAUAAAUGCUCGCUCUCUACGUACUGUACUUAGCAGCAUGAGAUUUGUGGACAACAAUACAGUGGUACAUUGGCAAUCCAUCCCACUAGGGGUUAUUAAUAUAUGUUCAUUCAUCUGUUUUUAUGAAUUUUUUUAUCUAGACAAUAAUUGUAAAUAAAGAACUUACUCUGUCUGUUCAUUUAAUACUAUGCAAAAGGUUAUGCUUUCUAUUGUUAUUCUUAUUCCUACAGUGUGAUGCUGGAAUGUUUGUGGUUUCAAAAAAAAAAACAAACAAAAAGACAAAAGUAAGUAAAAUAUGUGAUGUAAAUUAUUUUAUAGUUUGAAACAAAAUGAUAAAGUUUUACUCUUGCUGCUUUCUGUCUAAUAGAUCUCUCUUGGCAGGAGCACAAGUGGAAAAUUUAAAGAAAUAAAUUCACAAAGCAGCAUGAACAAUAA